UAGCCCAUUAUUGAGUACGUCCACAUUUAAAAAAAAUAUAUAAAAAGGAGAAAAGAAAAACAAGUCAUUUCCAGACGGACAGAGACACCAAUACCAUCAAUAGAAGAUAUGUGGGUGAAAUUAAUUCAUUAUCUAUCUAAUCCCCUUCUUCCAUCUGCUUCAUUUUUUCAGGACUCCUCCACUGGAUAUAUAGAAAGUCAACAACAAAUCUGUGUUCAAGAAACAAAGAUGGCUAAGGCUUUUACUUGUUGCAGCUGGAGAACGACCACUUUGCCGCGAGCACCGCCGGCAGUUGAUCAUUCACCGUUCGUUCUGCACGUCGCGUAUAUUGAAAACCAACAACGGAGAGAUUAUCAGACGAAGAGUCCAUUCACGCCUUUGGCUGCCAAAUCCGGUGGUUUUUCACUUGACUCGAUCAUAAAAAGGUGCCAAACGUGUAGAGGCCAAGGUGCAGUAGAUUGUGCUGGAUGUAAGGGUACAGGGAAAAAUAAGAAGAAUGGAAACAUCUUUGAGCGUUGGAAAUGCUAUGAUUGCCAGGGAUUUGGGUUAAAGAGUUGUCCAAGUUGCGGACAAGGCCGCGGAUUAACGCCUGAACAAAGAGGAGAAAGAUAAUCAUGGUCAUUCUUAUCUACAUUACGUUCCAAUAGACAGCUUAAGGACAUCUCUGUUACUCGACAUACUGGUUAUAUAUUUUUCGUGUUUUUGUCCUACGUAAAUUUUUUUUGGUGCUUCGGAAAAUAUGUUUUCUUUGUACAUGUGCUUGUUAACAUUCAAAAUUCCUGACUUCUAUGGACUUCAGUAUCAUAAUAUCAUUGAAUGUGAAAUCUGGUUUGGAAUGCCA